AUGGUCAAACCAAUUGUAGCCCCUAGUAUCCUUGCUUCUGACUUUUCCAACUUAGGUUGCGAAUGUCAUAAGGUCAUUAAUGCCGGCGCGGAUUGGUUACAUAUCGAUGUCAUGGACGGUCAUUUUGUUCCAAACAUUACUCUGGGCCAACCAAUCGUUACAUCCUUGCGUCGUUCCGUACCACGUCCUGGAGAUGCUAACAACGUGGAAAAGAAGCCCACUGCGUUCUUCGAUUGUCAUAUGAUGGUUGAAAACCCAGAAAAGUGGGUCGACGAUUUCGCUAAAUGUGGUGCCGACCAAUUUACAUUCCACUACGAAGCUACGCAGGAUCCCUUGAACCUAGUCAAAUUGAUCAAGUCUAAGGGCAUUAAAGCCGCCUGUGCCAUCAAGCCCGGUACUUCCGUCGACGUUCUUUUUGAGUUGGCUCCUCACUUGGACAUGGCUCUCGUUAUGACUGUUGAACCUGGUUUCGGGGGUCAAAAGUUCAUGGAAGACAUGAUGCCAAAAGUGGAAACAUUGAGAGCUAAGUUCCCUCAUUUGAAUAUCCAGGUCGAUGGUGGUUUGGGCAAAGAGACCAUUCCUAAGGCAGCCAAAGCUGGUGCCAACGUCAUUGUUGCUGGCACCAGUGUCUUCACUGCAGCUGACCCACAUGAUGUUAUCUCAUUCAUGAAGGAAGAAGUCUCAAAAGAAUUGCUUUCGAGAGGCUUACUAGAUUAA